AUGUAUGUGAUCACUCAUAUUGAUAUGAUCGGUGUAUUCUGCUUCUUUAUCUUCAUUAUUGGUACGUUCUCGACAACUGGACCUGAAUCGUCAACAGCUAUACCUGUUGGCAAUAGAGUCAAGGCUAUAUGGAAUGGUAUCAUUAUAGCUGAUAGUGAUAAAGCAAUUAAAUUCGAUAAUAAUAUCUACUUUCCACCUGAUUCGAUUAAUAGAGAAUAUGUGGAAGAUUCAUCUACUCAUACCACAUGUCCUUGGAAAGGUGUUGCCUCUUAUAUGACGAUCGUUGUAGAUGAUGAAAAAUUUGUGGAUGCUGUGUGGUACUUUCCAAUGCCCAAGGAGGCAGCAAUGGACAUUAAAGGCUAUUUUGCAUUUUUGCCAGGUGUGCAAAUUGUAGAAGAUUAA